UUGGCGGUAGUGAGAAGAUGGCGGAAAAUUUGAAAGAUUGCAAAGUAGCAUGUCUUGCUACUUUCAGCCAGCUGGAGUCCAUUUGCAGAGAGGAGGGAGUCAUCUGCAGAGACCUGGGGAUCACCAAGAACAACUUGUGUCAUUUUGAAGUGGAAUACCUUUGUAGCUACAAGCGUAACGUUAUCAAAGUUGGGAAAACACAAGAAGUGCAGGAGUUUUACUUGGUGAAAUGGAAAGGCUACCCAGAGUCAAUGAACACGUGGGAGCCACGAAAGAACCUCAAGUGUACAGAUCUACUCAGCUAUUUCUGGGAGGAUAUGAUGCAAGAGCUCUUGAGACGAAAGAAACGCACUGUCCCCAAGACACUGGAUGCUUCCAUUGUCUCCCAUGUCAUCCAGCGGGCAAAGCUCAGGCAGACCCUUAAACAGUGGGAGACUCACAUGAACGGUCUGGGUACCCACAAAGGCUGUAUUUAUGUUGAAAACUUGGUAGAUAUGGAGGGCCCACCGAAGAACUUCACAUACAUUAAUGACUAUAAGGUGGGUGAUGGGAUCUCUCUGAACGAAGUGGCUGUUGGUUGUGAAUGUACAGACUGUCUGAACAAUCCCGUGGAGGGUUGCUGUGCUGGAGCCUCACAGCACAAGUUUGCGUACAAUGAUUCUGGACAAGUGCGCAUUCGACCAGGGCUGCCCAUAUACGAGUGCAACAAGCGGUGCUGCUGCGGGCCUGAGUGCUCCAACAGAGUGGUACAGAAGGGUAUUCAGUAUUCACUAUGCAUUUUUAGGACAGACAAUGGCAGAGGCUGGGGGGUGCGGACCAUGGAGCGCAUCCGUAAGAACACCUUUGUUAUGGAGUAUGUAGGUGAGAUCAUCACGACAGAGGAAGCAGAGAGGAGAGGUCACAUCUAUGAUAAAGAGGGAGCCACCUACCUGUUUGACCUGGAUUAUGUUGAUGACGAGUACACAGUGGAUGCUGCUCACUACGGCAACAUUUCCCACUUUGUCAAUCACAGUUGUGAUCCAAACCUCCAGGUGUAUAAUGUGUUCAUAGAUAACCUGGAUGAGAGGCUACCUCGGAUAGCUUUCUUUGCCACUCGCUCUAUCAAGUCAGGGGAGGAGCUUACCUUUGACUACAAAAUGCAGAUUGAUCCUGUAGACGCAGAGAGCACAAAGAUGGACUCUAAUUUCAGUUUGACAGGACUCCCAGGUUCUCCUAAGAAGCGCACACGUAUAGAGUGCAAAUGUGGAGUGGCAACAUGUCGGAAAUAUCUCUUUUAGAAAACAGUAGGGCUGUGAAUUUGUACCAUGCCAAAUAGUCACUGAAAACAGUGAUCUGUCAGAAGAGUGAAUGCUAUGAAUUUAUUGUGUAGGAACAAAAAUCCUUACAGUUAAGAAAAUAUUCAAAAUGAAUAUUUUGUUGAUUCUUUGUUCCAUUUUGUUAUCUUAGUAUAUCUUGAUGAAUUUGAUUCAUGAAAGUUUAGACUAUGUGGUCUCAGAAGAUAUUUUUCUAUUCACUAUUACAAAUUUUUGACAUUUCGAUGGUUUUCUUGUCAUUUGGCAUGAUACUCUUAAGGCUGUAUUUCCCCACAUUGGAAUUGUGAAAGUGUACUGUUCUUUGUAAAUGAUUUUCUUUUCUUCACCAAAAAAGUCAGAUGUGUGUCAGUGUCAGUUUGGAAAGGGACCUUGCUUAUUCUUUUUUUAAAUUUUUUUUUAUUACAAAUGUUUUUAUAGUUUGAGUAUUUUUAUAAGAAGUCUAAUUUUUUAAGUCAAACAGUAAUGAUAAUAAUUAGUACAAUGUCCUUGAAAUACAAAGGAUAUUUUUAACUUGAUGGUGAUAAAACCUAGUCUUCAACUAAACUACACUGCCAAUGAGGAUUCUGUUGAAAAUCCUUUUUUAGCCUAGGUGUAAUCUUUCUGGAAAACUUACCUGAAGACGUGCAGCUUUUAUUUCAUUAAGCCUCCAUUAGGGGGCAAAACUGUAACACAAAACUGUACUGAUCGGACCAUUUGUGUAAGUCACAUAGGAAAGAAAAACAUUACACGCGAGUUCCUUUUUCAGUUAUUGGCUUGAAGUUUACAGCUUUUUUGUUUUUGUGUACACACUAUUGUGGAUCCUGGUGAUUUAUGUCAUAUGGUGGUACUCCAUGGUGUUUUGUCUGAAUAAGUCUACCAUUUAAACCAUGCAUGUCAAACUGGGGAUGUUCCAGAUCGAAGUGCUGCAGAGAUUAACAUUUACCCUCAUCUAGUGCUUCAGUUGAUGAAAGCCUUGCUAUUUAGCUGAUGGGCUGAAACGUGUGUUUAAUGAGGCAGAGUGCUGAAGUCUGCAGUGUUUUGGCCUGUGGGGAUUGUAGCCUGACACAUGCGAUUUAAUGGAAACGUUGCUAUUCUCUACUACAACACCUAAAUACAUUUUUUAUGGCAUCUAAAGUAUAGACAAAAAACCAACCAAACAAAAGCUGGUGCACAUGAUAAUUGUUCAUUUGCUAAAUUUACCUCUUUCCUUUUCCCUCACAGAUUGUUUCUACUCUACCACACUUAUUUUGUCUAACCAAAAGAAACACAGUAUUUGUAAAAAUUGAGAACAGGGCUUCUGAUAUCAAAUCCAGUCUUUUCUAUUGCUUCAUCUGUACAUAUUGUCUGAAUGUAAUGUUUAAGGCCUAAAUCAAGGAUUGCUGAAAGAGUUCACUAACAGGGCACCAUGAACAUACAUGUUACUACAUUUUAGUACAUGUAGUCCUGUAGAAAAACCUGCAAAGUACAUACAGGAAUUCCU